AGUAGCAGUAGCAGUAGCAGUAGUAGAAGCAGUAGAAGUAGUAAUGAUAAUCGACGUUAUUCAUCUAUGUCAGCUGAAAAUAAUAUAUCAUCAUCGAUGCAUAAAGAGCGCUUAUUUUUCAGAUCAUCCUCUGAUUCUAAUUGUCACAAAAAGAGAAAUUAUAAAAAAAAGUUAUUAGUAACAGAUAAUCAUCCACAACAACUCAUUAUUCCACCUUUUAGUCCAACCUAUUGUAGACCAAACGAAUUUCCAUAUUCAAAUUUUUAUGUUAAACUACCCAAUGGGAAAUGGAUGGUACGUUAUAGAUCUGGGAAUCGAGAUAUCCUUGGAACUGAUGAAUUUGAAGGAUAUAUGAUAUAGCGACACAUAAUAGAUUUUCUCCUUUUUUUCUGGGGAGGAGAGAGAGAAAGAGAGGAGGAGGAGGAGGAAAUAACCACAAUACAAAGGAUUGAAAGAGAGAGAGAGAGAGUAUGUUCCCUUUCCCCCUCCCCUCCCCUUUUUGUGUAAAAAAGAAGAAGAAAGGAAGCCCCUAUCUUUCUUAUUAUUUCUAUUCUACUCCACUCCUUCUUUUUGAUACAACAUGUACUAUUCAUCCCCCUCUUUUUCUCCUUUCCUUCAGCAAGCAUCUUUUUUUCUUUUUUGUUCUUUAUUUAUUUAGUCAUAUUACUUACAUAAAUUAUUAUCAUGUAAUUCCUCUGCAUUUAAACUUAUACCAGUAAUUAAUAUUAAAAUAAACAUUAUUACCUAAUAAUAUAGAGCUAUUAUUGUGUAUAUAGAAAAAUUUGAAACAAAUAACACCAUCACAUUCAUAUUAACCUAAAUUGUAUUAUCAUUA